AUGGCAAAAUCAAUUAUUUCGUGCAACAAAUUGUAUGGAAUUGGACAUAAAUUUGAUUUUUUAAGGAAGAAAAUGGAGAUCAAGGUAAAGGCGGCGACUUCCUCGGAUUCAAAUGUAAAGAAAGCAAAUUUGUUUGCUACUAAAAAGGAAAGAGUUAAUCUGCCAACAUAUGAUGAUGUUGUUGGAAGUAAAAAGCACCACAUCAGUGAAUUUUUAAGCCAGCCUAGUGGAAUUGCAGCAGUGUUGAACACAAAGGCAUUGCAAUCAUUUCAAUCCCUUGAUGCUAACACAUACAGGUGUGAACUACCUAAACUUAGACUUUUGAACUUUGAAGCUUCUCCUUUCAUAGAUCUGCGGGUUACAUCAACAGAUGAAGAUUGCUUGGUUGAAAUGAUUUCUUGUAAGUUCGAGGGUUCAGAAAUUAUUGAAGAGCAAAACAAACACUUUUCAGCAUUCAUGAUAAAUCACAUGACAUGGAGUGAUGCUGAAUCAUUUUUGGAAGUUGAUGUGAAGUUGAAUCUCACACUUGAGAUCUAUACACGCCCGUUUACCAUGAUGCCUAUUUCAGCGGUUGAAGGUCCUGGAAAUAUAAUGAUGCAAGCUUUGGUGGACAAGCUGGUGCCACUUCUACUUGAGCAGAUGCUACAAGAUUAUAAUAAAUGGGUUCAAAAGCAAUUUUAUUGCCUAAAUGAAUCUUCUAAUUAA